AUGCAGGUGAAUAACAGUGUGAAUGAGUUCAUUCUGUCUGGAUUGACACAGGAUGCACUAAAGGAGAAAUUAAUAUUUGUAAUCUUCUUGUUUCUAUACCUUGCAACUCUUUUGGCAAACUUCCUUAUUGUGAUGACCAUAAGAUAUAGCCAGACACUUAGGAGCCCCAUGUACUUCUUUCUUUUCUAUUUAUCCUUUGCUGAUGCCUGCUUUUCAACAACCACUGCUCCUAGGUUGAUAGUAGAUUCCAUAUCUGAGAAGAAAAUCAUCUCCUACAAUGAGUGCAUGACCCAGAUCUUUGCAUUUCAUUUCUUUGGCUGCAUGGAGAUCUUCGUGCUCAUCCUUAUGUCCUGUGAUCGCUACAUGGCCAUUUGCAAGCCCUUGAGAUACACAACCAUCAUGAGCCAGCGUGUCUGUGGUGCCUUGGUGAAUCUGGCCUGGGUAGGGUCUUGCAUACAUUCUUUAGCACAGAUUCUCUUGACUUUGAGGUUACCCUUCUGUGGCCCCAAUGUUAUUGAUCACUAUUUCUGUGAUAUGCAACCUUUGUUGAAACUUGCCUGCAUGGAUACUUACAUUAUCAAUCUACAUAUUGUAUUUAACAGUGGCACCAUAUGCAUGGUGAGUUUCAUAAUGUUGUUUAUCUCCUAUGCUUUCAUUUUACAUUCUCUGAAUAAGCAGAGUGCAGAAGGAAGAAGGAAAGCCCUCUCUACCUGCACCUCCCAUAUUAUUGUUAUCAUCUUAUUCUAUGUACCAUGCAUAUUUACCUACGCUCGCCCUCUAACCAUAUUUCCAGUGGACAAGAUGGUGGCUGUAUUUUACACUAUUGGGACACCUUUACUCAACCCUCUGGUUUACACUCUGAGAAAUGCAGAAGUCAAAAAUGCCAUGAGAAAGUUAUGGUGCAACAAAUUCUGA